AUGUUUCCCCAGAUGAUGAUAUAUUGUGUGGUUUUAACGAUGCAAGAGUAUACUGACUUGGUAGUUCGUUUUUGCAAAGAUGUGGAGACUAGAUCACAAACGGGAUAUAUUGACUUUGGUCGGUUCAAUAGCCCCAAAUCCUUCCACACUGGUUCAGGACAAGUGGAUUUUGUUCAAGAUUUUUACAACAGUGACCUAGUGAACGGCGAGAAUAGUUACGACAAACUUGGACGCACUGCUCAGGUGAACAUUUUAUGUGGAGGUUGCUCAAAUGGAGCAUGUAAAGGUAUACUUGGUUGCAUAUGCAAUUUCACUUAUGAAUCAACAUGCAUGUCUUCAUUCAGUGCUCUGAAGUUUAAUAUUUUAAAGAAAUAA